GCAAUCGGUUAAAAAGUCCCUACUUACUCUUCUCUCUUAAAACAAGCAAUAAGGAUAAAUACAUGAAUCCACUUUUCAUUUAACAUUUUUUUUAUUUCCCAAAUAUUUUAAUUUCAGUGUCAACUUCAUUGCAUCACCUGAUACGAAGUAGGACCUCAUUAGUUCUCAAGACGGAACAAAGAACAAUAUGUAACGUCACUCUGUCAGUAACGACACCGUCACGGACUUCAAGCAAAAUGGAAGUGUACAAUAAUAUAACAUAAUAAAAGUUUAAACACUAACUAACAUGCAUAAAACAUAAAAACAAACGAAUAAAAUAUCACCAAGUCGGAUAUCAAACAUAUAAUGUGUGACUGUUUUGAAGAAAAACAGAGAAAGGAGCGUGAAAAAGCGAGAAGGGCGGCAGCUGGAUAUGGCCAAGGUGGUGGUGGAUAUGGCCCGGGCGGCGGUGGUGGCUAUGGCCCGGGCGGCGUUGGAGGCUAUGGGCCCGGUGGUGGCGGUGGCUACGGGCCGGGCGGCGGUGGCAUUGGGCCGGAUGGCGGAUACUAUGGGCCUGACGGCACCUGGCAACAGGCAGUACGGGGGCCUGACGGCACCUGGCAACAGGCAGGACAGCCUAAUAACAUAUGGCAACCGGCACGUCAGAGGCCUGACGGCACCUGGGAACCGGCAGGAUUUAGGCCUGCGACCCCUGAGUCCUCUGAGCCCCCACCCUCCCGCUUCAGCGCCUUGCAGAUGGUACUAGGAAGUACAGGGUUCCUACUCGCUAUGCUCGCAUUGUUGCUCAAGUUGCUCAAAUCGGUGCAAAAUGAAAAGGCAAACUACAUACUCAGCUCAGUUGGGCUCGGGAGCUUUGUUACUCCGCCAUCGAACGAUCUAUUAUCACCGGACGGUUCACCAAUAAGACGCAAUCGCAACGGGGCUCCCUGCAUACCUAAGAAACGAGUACUAAGAGUUACUUCGCCAAAGCCUCCGCCCUUCCGAGAAUGUAAAUGUAAAUGUAAACCACAACAAGAAGAAUGAGGUAUCCAUAUUAAAAAAUACAAUAAAUAUCCGAUUAAGUACUUGUGAUAUUUAAUAAAAAUUUCGUGAAA